CUGUGGGAUUUGACUUCUAUUUAAAGUACAAACACGAAGGAAUUCAUUAAUCAUUUUCCAAUGGUUUGAAGAUCAACGUAUCUACUAGUGAAAACAUCUACAGACAUGGAGAGUAAGCUGAUGUUUUUAGUGGUUUGUAUGAUUGGCUGUGCAGUGUCUUGCAUUAAGGCAGAUGGCCACCUAUCACCACCAACAAAUUUGACUUCCAACAUCACCAACAAUGAGUGUGGAAAAACCAAACUGUGUUUGGACAACCCUAAAGGAUGUGAUCCUUCGGGUAGCUCUCAGUGUUUCUUCACCUCAGUUACCUUAACUAACAUCAGCAUCACGGUUGAGCUCAGUGGAAACUCUACCGGUUACAUCGCUUUAGCAGCUGGAGUGACAUCUAAUGUGUCUCAGGAUCACAAUAUCAUCUUUGUCUGUGGCAAUAAUGGCAGUUUUUUCUUCCGAACUACAACGCUCGUCAAUAAUACACUGCAGAUCACAAAUAUACCUAAUGUAAUCAAUAUCCAGGGUUCCAUACAGUCAAGCUUGAUUCAGUGUGUUUUCAGCAUCCCCAUUGAUGAAAAAAUCACAUCCUUCCUAAGCUAUGUCAACGGCUCAAAUUUCAACACCAGCAACAUUGCUAACUCCCACAUUCCCGUAUUCCUUGACAUUUGGAAAGGUUCAGCAAAUGGAGCUGAGCUGGGAACACCAACAAGUGUACUUGAGUCGCCUGUUCUGGUUAAUCUAGCUAAUGUGAACUUUACUAAUGUUGUAAGCACCACAGCUAGCACUCCUGCUAGCACCACAGCUAGAACCAUAACUAACACCACAGCUUAUUCAAAUGCCAGCAUCACACUCACCAGUCUAUUGAGUCAUGGAGCUGAGCUGGGAACAGCAACAAGUGUACUUGGGUCAUCUGUUCCGGUUAAUCUAACUAAUGUGAAUUCUACUAAUGUUGUAAGCACCACAGCUAGCACUCCUACUAGCACCACAACUACAACCACAACUAAGACCACAGCUCAUUCAAAUGCCAGCAUCACACUCACCAGCCUAUUGAGUCACGCUGCAGUUUGCUUUCUCACUAUCUUCUUGCAUCUGAUCUGAUGAGACCCGAGAGAGACCUGAGGACUGAUCAUGCUUUAGAGUUGUAUAUGAAUAUGUAACCUUGGCAUGUUUGCAAAAAUAGUCUUAUUUCUAUUGGCUUCUUUCCUUAUCUGAUUCUUGAUUAUUCACAAAUACAGUCAAACCAAAAUUUAUUCAGACACCUUGAACAUUUCAUUCAUUAAUACACAUAGUUUUAAAAAAAG